CUUCCCAUCUACUUUCAGACUUCCUUCCCCUACUACACAAACAGCCUCAAGUCAACACCAACACUCAUCCACAAUGGUCAAGGUCCUCGCUAUCCUCUACUCUGGUGGUCAAUCCGCCAAGGAAGAACCCCGUCUCCUCGGUACCAUCGAGAAUCAGCUCGGCAUCGCCAACUGGCUCAAGGAGCAAGGUCACGAAUUGGUUGUCACCGACGACAAGGAAGGCAGCUCUUCAGAGUUCCAGAAACACUUGCCCGACACUGAAAUCCUCAUCACCACCCCUUUCCACCCUGGCUACCUCACCGCCGACCUCAUUGAGAAGGCUCCCAAACUCAAGCUCUGUGUGACUGCGGGCGUUGGUUCCGAUCACAUUGACCUCAACGCUGCCAACAAGCACAAGAUCACUGUCGCCGAAGUCUCUGGUUCCAACGUCGUCUCUGUCGCCGAACAUGUGUUGAUGACCAUCCUCACCCUCGUCCGCAACUUUGUCCCCGCCCACGAGCAGAUUGUCAACGACGACUGGAACGUCGCCGCCGUCGCCCGUAACGCCUUUGACCUUGAGGGCAAGGUUGUCGGUACAGUUGGUGCUGGCCGAAUUGGUUACCGAGUCUUGCAGAGGUUGCAGCCUUUCGACUGCAAGGAGCUCUUGUGGUUUGACUAUGCCGACUUGCCUCCUGAUGCUGCCAAGGCUAUCAAGGCUCGACGAGUUGAGAAGCUCGAAGACUUUGUUGCCCAGUGCGAUGUCAUCACUAUCAACUGCCCCCUCCACGAACAAACCCGUGGCCUGUUCAACAAGGAACUCAUCUCCAAGAUGAAGCCCGGAUCCUGGCUCAUCAACACCGCCCGAGGCGCCAUCGCCGACCGGACCGCCGUCAAGGAGGCUCUCGCGUCUGGUCACCUCCGAGGCUACGGUGGUGAUGUGUGGGAUGUCCAGCCUGCUCCUCAGGACCACCCCUGGAGGCACUCUUUCAACCCGCUCAAUGGUGGUAAUGCUAUGGUCCCGCACUGUGAGUUCUUCUCGCCUGCUAGGUGUGUUUGGGUGAUGGCUGAUGGCUUUGAUAAGACUCUGGUACCACUCUCGACGCCCAGAAGCGAUACGCUGAAGGCACCAAGGAAAUCAUCCGCCGAUACUUCCAAGGCGAGGAGCAAGAUCCCGUCAAUCUCAUCGUCGUUGAUGGCGAGUACGCGUCCAAGGCUUACGGCCAGCGCGCGGCCAAAAAGAAGGAAGUCAGCCAGGAGAAGGCUGCCAAGUAAGAUGGCAAUUGGUAGUUUUAGUUGUCGAUAGGUCGUAAGAAGUAAAAAAGAGUCGAAUGGAUGGAUUUUUGAAUAGGCAGCGCUCUGAAAUUUCGAA